UUAAGCUUGUGCUCCUUUUCUCGCAGAUUGGCGGCGGCGGCGGCAGCCAGGGCGAUUGUACAGCAGGCGCAGUGCAGUGCUGCCAGUACCGCGGUAGUAGCAGCGCAGGGAUGGAUUGGAUAGCUGCGCAGUAGCAGAGCAGCGCGGUACCAGAGAUUUUAGGGAUUUCCUUGCCCCCAAUUGCAUUUCUCGCGCUUUCUUUCUUUCUUUCUCUCUCUCCUCUUUCUUUCGCUGCUCGCUCGUGAAUCGAGACUGGCUAGCUAUAGGGCUGCCUCUUCUUCCUCCUCAAAUCUCUCCUCUAUCCUUUCGCGCCCUCUGCUUUGCACGGCACGGCAAAGCACACACAAGACGCGCAGGGCAAGUGGCUGGGCUGUGCUCGCUCCCCGCGCUGCACAGAUUUUGUUUGGAGCCAGGAGGCACAGCGGCAGCUCCAAUUCCGGCCGCGUUCUUGCUUGCCCAGAUUGUCUGGGGCACGGGAGCAAAGCCAAUCCAAUCUGGCCGCCGCGAUUCCGGAAGAAAUCGCGCUCGCUACUGCUAGCAUGAAGACGAAGAACACAGAGACUCAUCCAAAAAAUGAUUUGAUAGGGGGACCAGGGCUAAGAUUUUGAUAGAUUGGUAGAUUGACGGCAGCAGCAGCAGGAGCUACAGUAGAAGAGCGAAAGAGAUUUUUUCCUCUCGCUCCAGUUUUUUUCUUCUGGUCUUGGUGUUCUUCCUGGCUCCUCUAUGCAUCCUCGAGUGAUUGGUUCUCUCGUCUUGAUCAAUCAAGCCCAGCAGUGGAUCUUGCCAGUGUUUUAAAUUUCUUCCUCUCUUCUUUUCUUUUUCCUAAGCUCUGGAGUCCGGGUACUACGAUCUGUCGACCGCUAUACUUUUCUUUUGGGCAUACUCUUUUCUCCCUCCCCUGUUUUCUCGCAGCGAUCGCGCAGAUCUGGGAAGUGAAGCGAGCAAUCUACGCCAAGAAUGUAGGUAGCUAGCUAUCGGAUCGAUCGAUUCAUUCUUUUCUCGAGAUUCUCGCGCGGACUGAUGGAUCGCCCGGGAGGAGAGCUUCCAGAUGGAUCAGGGCGCUGGGUAUAGCGAUGGAUUUGCCGCGCCCAGAGGAAGAUCGGGGGAGGAAAUAGGGUUUAGGGUUUUUGCUCACGAGCACGAAGAACAAGAAAGAAUGUCCUCCGACGAGGAGCCCGAUCGAGACCAGGCACUGAUCCCCGGGCUACCGCGCGGCGUGGCGCAGAGCUGCCUCGCGCGCGUACCGCGCGGACUCUACCCCCGCCUCCGCCUCGUCUCGCGCCAGUGGAAUCAAGCCCUCCGCCCCGACCAAAUCUUCUCCAUCCGAUCCAACGACGGCAUCUCGGAGCCCUGGCUCUACAUCACGCUCGCCAUGGGCGGCCCCUUCUUCGCGCUGGAUCCAAUUCUCAUGGCCUGGCAUCGCCUCCCGGCCUUUCCCGCGGACCAGAUCUUCACGGACAACGAUAAGGAGUGCUUCGUGGCCGGGCGGGAGCUCCUGGUGGUCGGGCCCUCGUUCUACAACUUCCGGAUGCACCCGGUCAUCUGGCGGUACCGCGCGGACCGCAACGAGUGGUCUGCGGCGCCGCCCAUGACGACGCCGCGGUGCCAGUUCGCGUCCGCCAGCUUCGGCGGCAUGGCGUACGUGGCCGGCGGCGCGGGGUUUGGGACCAGCACGCCGCUGCGCGACGCGGAGGUGUACUGCAGCGGCGCCGGGCGCUGGCGCGCGCUACCGCCCAUGCAUACCGCGCGGAAGGAGUGCUCGGGGUUCGUGAUGGACGGCUGCUUUUACGUGAUUGGGGGGACGGACGGCCGAGAUCAGCCGGUCACGGCAGGUGAGCGGUUCGAUCCCAGGACUCGGCGGUGGACGGUCAUACCGGGGCUUUGGCCGGAGAGUAGCGUGUCGCGGUUUAGAGGCUCGGUGGCGCCGCCGCUAGUGGCGGUGGUGGGCGACGUGCUGUACGCGUGGGAUCAUCCCAACGGUCUGUUGAAGAGGUAUGAGAAGUUUGGCGGGAGGUGGACGGUGCUGGAUGCGGCGGCGGGGCGGCGGGCAAAUGCCGAGUCCCAUGGAUGGGGGCUAGGGUUUAAGGGCGUCGGGGAGGAGGUGUGGCUCAUCGGCGGCUCCGAGCUGGAUGUGCCGUUCAUCGAUGCGUGCCGCCCGGCGCGAUCCGGCGGCGUGCUGUGGCGGCGCGUCGCGGAGGCGAGCCCCGUCGGCGACAACUUCGUCUACAAUUGCGCGGUCAUGAAGGCGUGAUUCCAGCUCCGAUCGGUGAUGCAGAUCCCGUGUCAUCGAAUUCGUGGCAACCAUUAGACAAAUUGGAGUAAACAAUGGAGACCACCAUCAAUCAUCGUCAUCAUCAUUUCGGUUACUUAAGAGAGACAAGGCAAGAGGUGGGCGAUCUAAUUCCCCUCCCUGUUCUUUAGAGUGUUCUUUUCUUCUUUGUCUCAUGGAUUGUCUUUGCUUGCUGUGGAUCA